AAAAAACAUUAAUAAACCACAAUUUAAUUUAAUUUAAUAAAAAACUAAUAUUCCCAAAAAGUCGAGCUGCUUCAGCUCUCUCCCUGGGUUUAUAUCACUAAACUGUUUCUCAGCUCUAAUUUCCUUUCAUCUCUAAUUACAGACAGAUUUCUUAUUUAAUAUAAUUCCCCAUUCUCAUCUCUCUCUCACUUCGUUUCAUAUCCCAAACAGCAGCAUCAGAGUAAAAGAGGGAGAUAUAGAGCGCUAGAGAGAGAAGGAAGGAAGGAAGGACGCAGAAGGCGAAGAAAGGAAGAAGAAGACGACAAGCACCACUUCACAGAAACCAACAGGAAGGCAGCUCUUCCUUCUUCCAUUCUCAAACUGCGUUGGCAAUUUUUAUUUUUUUUUGUGUGGAUCUACUGCCGCAUUUGGAUGUGAGGGCGAUAAAAAAGGCGCGGGAGGAGGAGGAGGAGAAGCAGCUAGAAAACUAAACUUCGAUCAGAUCGGUAGAUGGCGGACGCUUCCGGCGAAGGCGCGGACCUUAACGGCGGUACUCCUACUCCUGCUGCUUCUGUCUUUACUGCCGCGAAUGCUGGUGGAACGCCGACCUCGACGGCACCGCCACUGGCGCCGCCGCUAACGGUGUCAGGAUCCUUCAAGGAAGGGCCGAGGAGCUCGUCGAGGAGAAGGACGGCCGCCGUCAGGAAGAGCUUCGACGCCGAUAACGAGUUCAUGACCUUGCUUCACGGCUCGGAUCCGGUCAAGGUCGAGCUCAAUCGGCUCGAGAACGAAGUUAGAGAUAAGGACAGAGAGCUGAGCGAAGCUCAAGCGGAGAUCAAGGCCUUGAGGCUAUCGGAGCGACUUCGAGAAAAGGCCGUUGAAGAGCUCACUGAUGAACUCUCAAAGGUGGAUGGAAAGCUGAAAUUGACCGAAUCUCUUCUAGAAAGCAAGAAUCUGGAAAUUAAGAAGAUCAAUGACGAGAAGAAAGCUUCCAUGGCUGCUCAGUUUGCAGCUGAAGCUACUCUUAGAAGAGUUCAUGCUGCUCAAAAGGAUGAUGAUAUGCCUCCAAUCGAGGCUAUUCUUGCUCCUCUGGAGGCUGAGCUUAAGCUUGCUCGCCAAGAGAUUGCUAAACUUCAAGAUGAUAACAAAGCAUUGGAUCGUCUAACCAAAUCUAAAGAAGCUGCAUUGCUUGAAGCUGAGAGGACUGUUCAGGUUGCCAUGGCUAAGGCCUCCAUGGUGGAUGAUCUCCAGAAUAAGAAUCAGGAAUUGAUGAAGCAGAUAGAAAUUUGUCAGGAAGAGAAUAAGAUUCUUGACAAAAUGCAUAGGCAAAAGGUUGCUGAGGUCGAAAAACUCACACAAACUGUAAGGGAACUGGAAGAGGCAGUGCUUGCUGGUGGUGCUGCAGCCAAUGCUGUGAGGGAUUAUCAGCGGAAAGUUCAAGAGAUGAAUGAGGAAAGGAAAACCUUAGAUCGGGAACUGGCUCGAGCAAAGGUAACUGCAAACAGAGUGGCAACAGUAGUAGCAAAUGAAUGGAAAGAUGCUAACGACAAAGUGAUGCCUGUAAAACAAUGGCUUGAAGAGCGGAGAUUUUUGCAGGGGGAGAUGCAGCAACUCCGCGACAAACUCAACAUAGCUGAACGAACUGCAAAAUCUGAAGCACAGUUGAAAGAGAAAUAUCAGUUGCGGCUCAAAGUUCUGGAAGAAACCUUGAGAGGAUCUUCAAGUAGUAGUAGUAGUAGUCGCAGUGCAUCAGAUGGAAGGAGUACAAGUAAUGGGCCAUCUCGGCGCCAAUCCUUGGGCGGAGCUGAUAACCUCUCGAAAUAUGGAUCCAAUGGCUUUCUCCCGAAGAGAUCGCCAUCAUCCCAGAGAGCUUUGUCUUCUAGUACCAGCGCUGUGCUGAAGCAUGCUAAAGGAACAUCCAAAUCAUUUGACGGCGGCACGAGGUCACUGGACAGGGGUAGCAAAGCUCUCCUCAAUGGAGGUAGUCCUAAUUGUUCAUUCAACCAGCCCACAGAUGUUCCCAAGGUUACAGAAUCUUCAGAUACUUGGAAAGGAAACCCAGAUGAGAAGCCUACCGACUUCCCUCCAGCAGACACAGAAGAUAAAGUUCCCGGGAUGUUGUAUGAUUUGCUGCAGAAAGAAGUUGUUGCUUUAAGGAAAGCGGGUCAUGAGAAAGAUCAAAGCCUCAAAGAUAAAGAUGAUGCUAUUGAGAUGCUAGCAAAGAAGGUAGAAACAUUAACCAAAGCUAUGGAGGUUGAGGCAAAGAAGAUGAGAAGAGAAGUAGCUGCAAUGGAGAAGGAGGUUGCUGCUAUGCGAGUAGACAAAGAACACGAAAAUAGAGCAAAGCGGUUCAGUCACUCGAAAAGCACCGUCUCUGCAGCUCAGGUGCUUCCUGUAAGGACAGAAGCAUGGGGCGUGGCGGGUUAACACGCAGCACUCAGUGACAUACAGAAGUUAAGUCUCAGCUUUGCCAAAUCAGCAAAGAAGUGGGAAGAAAACGUCUUCAUAGGUUCCGUGUUCUUCCCCUCCUCGGUUCUUUACAUACAUUGUUCGCUCUUCUCUUGGUACUGCAACUGUGAUUGAGAUGGUAACUCAUAUGGUUGCAACCCGAUAUCCUCACUGCCUAGGGAGGAUGAUGACAUCGUUUCGAAAGUAUCGGUUUGCUGCUUCUGACAUAGAAACUACUUGUAUUUCCCUCCUCAUGCCUUAGAUUAUAAGAUAUAUCAUCUGAGCACAAAAGCAAGGUAGCAAGAAAAAAAAAAAGGAGGUCUGUUGGUUCAAAAAAGACAGACGUUAGACUUUUGGGGUAAAGGCUAACCAACCUCUUUUCGUGGUCAGUUUGUGUUGUGUGGUUUGGUUGUAUAGGUGUAGCGAGAGCGCCAUUGCCUUUCAAUUUUUCUCCCUCCCCCCUUGCCUAAAUCACCCGCCUACCAUUUUGCAGUGUUCGUUCCUUUCCCUCUCAGUGUUUACUUACUACUUGGCAGUAGUGUGGUUGUCUUUAUUUCAUCAGGGUUUGUUAAUAUUUUUGUAAUUCAAUAUUAUUAUUAUUACUAUGAUUAGUAUUAUGAUCAUGAUCCAAAGGUACAUCUCCUUUGUGCUUUGUGUUUUA